GCCCUAUUGGUGGAGCUGUGCAGUUGUCAAGUCGUCAAGUUGGCGAUGCGUAUGCCAUUUCCGUAGGGUUUUUUAGUUUUUCAGUGCGGGACUUGCGGGAGUGGUGCUGUUCUAGCGAUUAGCGAGUGUAGUGUCCGUAGAAAAUUAGGAAAUUCGGUGUUUUCCACGUACGUGUAAAUAAAGUGACCGAAAACUCGAACCGGGCGCGACGCGGACUUAAAAUAAUGCCUGUACCCUCAACCUGAGACAUGUUCCGGUGCAUACCUAUUUUCAAAGGCUGUAACAGGCAAGUCGAGUAUGUUGAUAAGAGACACUGCUCAUUAAUAAACGUACCUGAGGACAUUCUGAGGUAUUCUAGGAGCCUAGAGGAACUACUACUUGACGCCAAUAGGAUACAGGCUUUACCUAAGAGUUUUUUUCGACUGCACCGCCUUAGGAAACUAGGGCUUAGCGACAAUGAAAUCGGCGGCUUACCACCCGAUAUACAAAACUUCGAGCAUUUGGUCGAGCUGGAUGUUUCAAGAAAUGGUAAGUGGCAUAUUUAUGCAAAAAUAAAAACAACCUGA